GAGGCACUGAGAGGCUAAAUUUAAAACUACUUGAGCCAGCCGCAGAGUCAGUUCUUUGCAGCGACUUGCAGAUAGCUCCCAGCGAGAAGUCGAAUUGUUGGAACUUUUGUAAUUUUUUCGUCGCCUUUGCCCAGGUGUAUACAAAGGACAACUGAGAUGACUUUUUAUGAUGGUAUUUUCCCCUUCUAUCCAACGUCAAGAACACCAGUCGUGUUCAACACCAUCCAAAUUGUGGUGAUCAUUAUAUUUUUAGUCUUCCUGGUGGCCUUUCUUGUCAUACUGAUAGGUAUUCGUGGGAUUGAAAAACUACACUGGUUCGUGAGGGUCACCCUGAGUCUCUUCAUUGGUGCCGUCAUUGUUGCUGUCAAUUUCACCAAUGACUGGGAGAGAGGUUAUGCCAUGGUGAAUACAACAUAUAAAUCCUUCAACAAUGAGAAUGUCAAAGCAGAAGUUGGGAUUCACAUUGGGUUGAAAGGAGUAAAUGUAACUCUGAAAGGACUCCCCGAGACUCAACUCAAUGAAAUAAUCAACUACAACGAAGAGUUUCUUUGGCAGUUUGGUCUCAACUAUGAAAGCCAAUAUCGCAAAGGGCUGGAGAGGGGCCUUCCAAACCCAAUUCUGUACAUAGCAGAGAAGUUUACUCCCAACAGCCCGUGUGGCGUGUAUUCACAAUACAGGGUCUCUGGACAGUAUGCCUCUGCUACAAUGUGGGUGGCUCUGUGUGCUUGGAUGCUUUCCAAUAUCCUCCUGUGGCUGUUUGUCUUUUUAUAUGGAGGAUACAUGAUACUGGUAACCGGCUUUUUCAUGAUUUUCUCAUUGAUCUCAUUUGGUACCACGAGACAUACGCCACUCUGUGCCAUUCAGUUUGAUGAUAUGAAAUUACAGAGCGCCCUUGGGCCAUCCUUCUGGCUAACUUUAGCAACAGCUUUGCUCUGUUUGAUUAUUGGAGUGACCAUUGUGGCCAUGAGCAUCUUUGCUCCGACCAGGAUGAGUAAGAUCUUCCUGGUGGAUGCCAGCAACAAUGAAGAAGACAGCUAUGAGACUAGCUUUUAUAACCAGACUUACAGUGAUGCUGAUAAAGUGAAUCAGAGUUUGCCAUUGGAAGAGCUGGAAAAAGCUGUGUAAUCGAGGGAGAAAAUCUGCCAUGAGCUAUCAUCGCCUCAUGGUCUACUUCUGCCUAGUGAACAAACAGAAGACUUGUUUGCUUUAUCAUCAUGUGGAAGUUUAUACCAUGUCUACACACCUAGUCCCUUUAAAUUCUAACACUAAAGAUCACCACCUAGCACAGGAUCACAAUUUUUACUUGUUAGUUCUGCCUUGUUACUGUUUUCAUACAAAGAUGUAACCGCAGGAGCACUCAAAGGAGAAAUCAAAUGCACUGCAGCUGAAAGCUAAAUCGGAGAAUGUGGAAACUUUCUGGCUCAUUUUACAUCAAGUCAAUGCAGGGUUAGUCAAUGAAUAUGUUCAGGACUGAGGUCGAUAGAUUUCCAGAUCCAAAAGUUAUCAAAGGAUAUGGAAACAAUGCUGGAAAAUCACAUCCAAGUAGACGAUCAGCCAUGAUCUAACUGAAUGGUGUGGAAUAGGAUCAAAGGCUGAAAUAGCCUCCACCUGCUUCAAUUUCCUAUGCUUCAUGGAGGAUUGCACUGAAUACAAUUGCAUCUGGAUGUGAAUGAAAUGCCCACUUCCAUUUAAGUGAAUGGCCAAACUUUAAAGCAAAUGAUAAUGAGUGAGCAUCUCGAAUCAUUGAGAAUCAGGCAUUGUUCUGUGGGCCAGAGCUGUGAUACAGAAGUGCGUUUUCCCCGUGUUAAGAUUAAGUGCCGGAACUGAAGUUGUACCAGUCUCUCUACCUGAUGAACCAUGUUGUAAAUGCGCUGGUAGCAAGCAUUGGGAGAAAUUUUGACCUCACUGAUCAAUAUCCAGAGUCUUCCUCCUCUCCAGGGUGUGAGUCAGCCAUCUAACUUGGGGUACCAGAAGUUAUGAGUGGAUUCUUUGAGAGAAGCACUUUGGGGUCCUGCAGUUAUCAGAGUUCAUAGUCCUUGGGAAAGGAGGGAGAGAAAAGAGCUGAAACUUUCACAAUUUGUGUCAGCUUGAUAGUGUAUUUUCUGUACCAUCUUGUAACUUUGAAACUGAAAUGCUCAUUGUUGCUAAUUUUGGUUUGGACAUAUGUGACAUCACAUUUAAUAGCUUCACCUUAUGAAGGAAGGUGGGUAGAGGGGAGAGAGAGAACUUAGAGGUGAAUUUGUGGAACUGCAACAGUGCCUAGAUUCCAACUCCAUUCACUGUCCUUCCCUGACAAUGAAAGUUAAGCAAGCCUCACAUACGCCUCCAGUGCAAUCAUAAUCUAAUCAUCUCAUUUCCCAUAAAGCAGCUUCUCUUUCUUCUUUGUGAAGUCUGUUUUAUUCUGGACCAUGCUUUCUGGAAACUAUGGGUUGAAAUUCCAAAGUCUGGUUUUUAUGCUUUUUUGUUUCCUAUAUCCCUU